AUGAGCGGCUACUGCUCGAGCUACGUGAGCGCGGAGCAGGAGGAGGUGCGAGGCUUCAGCUGCCCGCGCCCGGGGGGCGAGGCAGCCGCUGUCUUCUGCUGCGGCUUCCGCGACCACAAGUACUGCUGCGACGACCCGCACAGCUUCUUCCCCUACGAGCACAACUACAUGUGGUGGCUCAGUGUCGGUGCUCUGGUGGGUCUGUCCAUAGCAGCAGUGGUCCUCCUGGCCUUCAUUGUCACCCCCUGCGUCCUUUGCUACCUGUUCAUCAGCUCAAAGCCCCACACGAAGUUGGACCCAGGUUUAAGCUUACAGACUACAGGCCCCAAGGAGGUGGUCCCUGACCAGCAAGGCACGAACACAGUCAUGGUGAUGGCGGUGCCAGGAGGCAGCCCUCUUGGGCACAGUUACAGCUUCUUGAACCCACGACUCGAAAGUGAGAAUUGGACUGUGGACUCCAUAGGGCUCUUCCAGCACUGCUCUAUAGCUACAGUGACUGCUGGGGACAUUCCGGGCAGUCCUGAGGAAGCAACUGCCCCCACCCCCAACCAAUGUGGGCCAGUCUCAUAA